AUAAAGCGGGACUUCUAGAAACCUAGUGAUAGACAGGAUAGAUAGAGUUCUUGAGAUAGUACGCAAAUAUAACGGACCCAAGAACAAGGCAUUGGCGGUUUCUCCAAUAGAUACUUUUCGUGUCUUUAUUAUUUUCAAUAUGAAAAUUACAUUGUUUUGUGUGUUGGUAUUUUGGACGAUUUGUUCGACUACAUCGAGGGAAAUACCACAACAGUAUUUACGAAAUGCCAGAAUAGCAAAAGAGUUGAAUGAACUGGAACAGCUAUUGAAAGAACGAGAAUAUGAAACACAAAAUCCAAGUGAUGUCGAAGAAGGAAGGCAGAUAGCAUGGCAGGAACCAGAAGAAGAAGAAGAAUUGGAGAUAGAAGAAGAAGAAGUGGAGAUAGAAGAAGAAAGGGAGCUCGAGGUCAGACAAGGAAGAUUUGAGAAAUUACAGACUCCUCAACGACAUCUUGACAGUCCUAGCAAGUCUUAUGCUAGGAAAAUGGAAAAAGGCAUGCGAAAACUUACACAAAGGGAAAGGUUGGCAGAGAGAAAGAUGAAAGAAUGGAGGAAAUCAAACGAAGCACAACCUAUAGAUGAUCCAGAGAAAAUUGAUCCAGAUGACCCUGUAUCUAACCUGCUUGAAGGUAUGCUAAUUGAGAACAAUGGACAUCGUCAUCGUGUUCAAGGACUUCACCCAGAAAACAGUGCUAAGACGUACGGUGAUUCCCACGACUCACACAGACUUACACCAGAACAAUCAGCACAACUUGAGUUAAAGAAUACAGGUGAUUCAAGCGGCAGAAAGAGAAAUUUUGUCUCUUAUACUCAAUGGCUUUGGAAAGAUGGGAUUGUUCCUUAUAAUAUACAUAACAUGUCCUCAAGUUCUGUUACAGUAAUUAACAACGCUAUUAAACAGUUCGAUGACUAUACAUGUGUUAAAUGGAUAAAAACUACUGAUCCCCUGUUCGACCAAUCAACACUUGGACACCAAAAUGUGGUAACAUUUAUAAAUGAAAAUGGGUGUUGGUCCUAUGUUGGCAAUGUUGAUCCUCAAAGUAACAAUAAACAGCCCCUUAGCUUAUCCGAACCAGGUUGUGUUAGCUUAAGCACUACUGUACAUGAAAUGUUACAUGCAAUGGGAGGACAUCACGAACAAUCUCGAACUGACCGUGAUAAUUACGUCAGUAUUGAAUGGCAAAACGUAGAACAAGGACAGGGCAAUUAUAACAUGAAGAAGUUAGACACUCAAGACAAUAACCCAUAUGAUGCAGAAUCUUCCAUGCAGUACAGUUUGCAUGCCUUUUCCACAAAUGGUCAGAAAACAAUCCUCUUUAAAGAUCAACGAUUAGAGUUUUUGGCCGAUUCAGCUGAUGGUCUAGAGUUCUAUGAUAUACAAGAUGUUACUGUUGCAUAUAAAUGUACAGACCACUGCAGCACCACACCUAGCUGUCAGAAUGGAGGCUUUGUUAACUUUCAAUGUACAUGUACUUGCCCAGAUGUGCUGACUGGUGCCACCUGUGAACAGACUGUCUCCAAUAGUCAAACUUGUGGAGGAGUUAUCACCCUUGGUGUAGGAGAAGAAAGAAUUAUUGAAUCACCAAACUAUCCAUCUAACUAUCCAACAGGGCUAGAAUGUACUUGGUUGAUUAAGGGAACGGCUAAUAGCUUAGUAAGAGCCUCAGUACAGUACAUGGAUAUAUCUUCUGGUGCUACAUGCAGUCAUUGGUUGGAAUAUAGAUAUAAUUUAUUGGGACAGAAAGGCCCAAAGGUAUGUGGUACAAACUUUAAUGCUGAUGUAGAAGUAUGGGACAGUACACCAGAUGAGCUAAGCAAUGCCAUGAUAAUUAGAUUUGACAGUAACACAUACUCAUCUGCGGCAGCAUCAAAAGGAUUCUCCAUUAAAGUUACAUCAAUGGGAAAUGGAUGUGUCAGCCUCCCUUGUGUAUAUGGAAAAUGCAGCAGCCCUGAGGGUACCAGUACCUAUACAUGUACAUGUAACCAAGGUGUAUCAGGGACAAACUGUGAUCAAUUUAGCACCUCCUCUUCAAUUCAUUGUACAUUUGAGUAUGGAGAAAGCUGUAUUUUUGAGAAUGAACCAAGUAAUGUGAUAAAUUGGAACUCUAACAGUCAAGGCACACCAUCAAGCAAUACGGGACCUGACAAUGCUCAAGAAGGAUUCCAGUACGUGUAUUUAGAGGCAUCAGGAGGGAACCUAAUGCCUGGUGAUAAAGCUGUGAUGUCUACAACUUUACAGUUAUCUACUACUAGCCGCUGUAUGAAGUUUUAUUAUCACAUGAAGGGUUCUGAUAUGGGUACCUUAAGUAUACACACUGAGGGAACAAAUACAGCAAAAACUUAUAUAUGGAUACAGUCUGGAGCUAAAGGCAAUGAUUGGAUUAAAGGAGAAGUAGAUAUACCUGCCAUUGAUGGUCUUAAGAUAACAAUUGAAGGUGUUCGUGGAUCUGGUUGGGCAAGCGAUAUAGCCAUUGACGAUUUAUCACUUAUUCCAGGAAGUUGUGCCAACCCCGUUACAGCUGGUCCAACAAACUCACCGACUACAACUGCACCAAUGACAACUAAACCAACAACAACUCAACCGACUACAACUCAACCAACUACAACUAAAGUGACUACAAUUCAACCUCAACCGUCUACAACUACACCAAUGACAACUAAACCAACUACAACUCAACCGACUACAACUAAAGUGACUACAAUUCAACCUCAACCGACUACAACUACACAGAUUCCACCAACAGAUGGUACCCAGACAUGUACAUUUGAGGAUGGUGCUCCAUGUUUUUUGGUUCAAGCUACUGAUGAUGAUUUUAAUUGGACUGGUAAAAGUGGCCAGACUGGUUCCAGUGGCACUGGACCACAAUCGGCAGUUGAAGGCAGUUGGUACAAGUAUGUAGAAGUAUCUUCACCAGUGAGCAACAACGCUGUUGCUAGGCUAGAAUCGUCAACGACAUUAAAUGCAGGUGACUAUUGUUUGACUUUUGAAUAUCACAUGUUUGGAUCUGAUACAAUGGGAGAACUGAAAAUUUCAACUGGAGUUACAGCCCCUGAAAAUGACUUGUUUAAAGAAUCUGGUAACCAUGAUGACCAGUGGAACAUGGGAAUGAUUACAUUUACUUCUGUGGCAGGAAUGAAGUUAUUUAUAGAAGCUAAUAAAGCAACAACAUGGAAGGGAGAUAUUGCUAUAGAUGAUAUAAAACUAAAGAGUGGGAUAUGUGAUGUUAAUGCAUGUGACUCCAGUCCUUGCCAAAAUGGGGGAUCUUGUUCAGAAACAACAACAGCAAGUGGUUAUACCUGUGCAUGUCAGGCUGGAUUUAAUGAACAAAAUUGUGAACAAAGUGAUGGUAGAUCAGUAUCAGAAUUUACUUGUGAUUUUGAAGCACAAAAUAAUUGUGUGUUUGAAAAUACUGAUGAUGAUGAUGAUUUUGACUGGACUUAUAGAUCUGGGUCAACACCUAGUAGUGGUACAGGCCCUUCUAGUGCAUAUGACGGCACACAGUAUGUCUACACUGAGGCUUCUUCAAGUGUUCAGGGGGACAAAGCUGUUUUGUCAACUGUUAACACUUUGCUUGCAGGUACAAGUAGCUAUUGCUUGCAGUUUUACCUCCAUAUGUAUGGUAAACCUGGUAACAUGGCCGUCAAGUUUGGUAACCGUGGUUCCUCUUCUUCUGUGUGGUCAGUGUCUGGUGACCAAGGAGAUCAAUGGGUCUUCUAUCAAGUGGAAUUACCUCCUAGCUUCACGGAUCCAGUGAUAGUCUUUGAGGCAACCAGAGGGUCAUCAUAUAGAGGUGAUAUAGCCCUUGAUUCAGUUAAACUUAUCUUGGGACAAUGUCCCGCUCUAACCUGUACUAGUAACCCAUGUAGCAAUGGUGGUACCUGUAAUGAGGACGGCAGCACUGCUGGAUAUAAUUGUAAUUGUAUGAUAGGCUGGUCUGGAGAUAAUUGUAAUGUUCAAGUAACAGAUGACUACAGCUGUGGAUUUGAGAUUGAUGCACCAUGUAUUUUCCAGGAUUCAACUCAGGAUGAAUUUGAUUGGACACGACGUACUGGUACUACCCGAAGUAGCAGUACAGGACCAACAAGUGCAGCCAGUGGAAGUUACUACAUAUACACAGAGACCUCGUUCCCAAGAAGUAAUGGUGAUACAGCUGUACUCACAACUGAAGAUACUAACUUACAAGCUGGUAGUUGGUGCCUUUCUUUCCAGUACCAUAUGAAGGGGAGCAGCAUUGGGAAAUUAGAAGUAUAUGCUGGGGAUAAAUCAUCUUCUCUGACAAGUAUCUGGCAAAAAACAGGAGAGCAACCUGAUCCGGACCUGUGGAAAACUGCUACUUUAGACAUACCAUCAUAUAGUAAUCCUGUUAUCACCAUAGAAGGGGUCAGAGGUAGUUCAUAUAGAGGUGACAUUGCUAUUGAUGAUAUCGCCCUCAAUGUUGGUACAUGUGCUAGUGCCGGAAAGUAAACAGAAAACAGAAUAACCCUACAAUCACGACUUUAUGAUGGUGUGAUAUUUACACUUAUAAUGAUCAUGUGAUAUUUAUUAACUUGUUCAUUAUAAUGAUCAUGUGAUAUCUAGUAACUUGUUCAUUAUAAUGAUCAUGUGAUAUUCAGUUACUUGUUUAUUAUUAUGAUCAUGUGAUAUUCAGUUACUUGUUCAUUAUAAUGAUCAUGUGAUAUUCAGUUACUUGUACCAUAUCUGUGUCAGCAGUUUUUAAAUAUAAUAAAAAAAUGUUUAAAUGCAA